UUGACAAAGGUGUCAAAAUCACAACAAAGGUUGACUCGAAUUGUUUUGAGUGUGGAUUGCAUGAUUUGCAUUUAUUUUUCAAUCAGUCAGUUAUUCCUAAAUCAAUUAAAAUGUUUCAGUUUGGAUUCAACAUGUUUCAUGAAAUCAGCAGACCCUUUAACAUGACCUAUAAGUGUUAUUCUGUCUCUAUGUUGCCUGGGAAUGAGAGACAAGAUGUAGAAAGGGGAGGAAAAAUUAUAAUGCCACCGUCAGCGCUGGAACAGCUGACUAGGCUGAAUAUUGAGUAUCCCAUGAUAUUUAAACUAACAAAUAAAAAAACUAAAAGAGUGACACAUUGUGGUGUGUUGGAGUUUGUGGCUGAUGAGGGAAGAGUUUAUUUACCACAUUGGAUGAUGACCAACUUGGUGGUGGAAGAGGGAGCACUACUACAAAUAGAGAGUGUGUCACUACCAGUGGCAACAUUCUCAAAGUUCCAGCCUUUAUCUGAAGACUUUUUAGAUAUAACUAAUCCUAAAGCAGUGUUAGAGAACUGUCUACGUAACUUCUCGUGUCUAACAACUGGCGACGUGAUCGCCAUCAAGUAUAACUCGAAAGUGUACGAGCUGUGUGUGCUGGAGACCAAGCCAGGAAACGCUGUCAUCAUCAUAGAGUGUGAUAUGAAUGUAGAAUUCGCGCCACCAGUCGGCUACAAAGAAGAGGAACGUAUACCUCACGAUGACGGCGGCAACUCGACGGGCAUGGACGAGGAUCCUUCGAACAUGAUGCCGGAGCCCAGCGGCUUCAUCGCCUUCAGCGGGGAGGGGAACCGGCUCGAUGGCAAGAAGAAGAAGCUGAUCAGUGAGAGCGACUCCGAACCUUCAGCGUCACAGUCGAGACAGCCCUACGUCCGAGGUAUCCCGGACUAUGACUACGUUAUAGGUACUCUGAGGUUCAUCAGAAACUCCAGGCCGCCCAGCGCAAAGGAGGAGACACCUUCGGAGCCGUUCACAGCAUUCAAAGGCGAAGGUUUCACGUUAAGAAAUACCAAGCCCAAGAACUGAGUAUAAAAUAGUUAAAUGUUAGAUUUUUUACACAUAAUGUUGCCUGUAGAUGAAUCAGUUUUUUUUUUGGGAUGGCAACACUGAACGGGAUGGUGUGAUACUUAUAUUUAUUUCUAGCGUGCUUUUUUGAUAUUUUUGGCUGUAAUCUGAUACUGAAUUGAAUGGUGAAUAAAUUUAAUUAAUCGACAAACAUAAAUAAUAAAAAAUAUAUAUAAAUAAAUUUAAAUAAUUUGCUGUUGUUGCCCUUUAGUUUUUUGAAAUAUUAAGGAUAUCUUUAAACCAAUUCAAACAGGCUAGGAUAUACAUUAUCAAAUCCUAAAGCAGCGUUAAUAUUUCAGUUGAAAAUUUUGUGUAACACAAACAUUUUCGUUUCGUAAUUUCUAUUAUAAUAACUCAAUGAAAAAAGUAAUCAUAAUCGCUAGGUCAUUCAGUACAAAAGCAUGAUGUCAUCUUAUCUAUCCUAUUCGACGCGCAAAAAUAGGGCUUGACUAAAAUUAUCUAGUUGUUAUCAACCAAGAUACGAUAUCACUGCUUCAUCUACAGUACAACGGUAAAAAUAAAAUAAAAGAUACUUAGAAAUGUUUUAUAAUAAUGUUGUGAUUGUCAAAAUAAUAAGCAUCGAAAGCUUGACAUUUGAAUUACUUUCAUAGUUGCAGACUAAAGGCUAAGUUAGCUUAGCUUACGUAGCUAAGCACAGGUUAUGUAAAUUAAGCUGUGUGAGCUGGCUAAUAACUAUAGUGAGAUACGUUUAAUUAAAAAUAUCUGUACAGGUUACUCGCAUUAGACUAAUUUCGGAUAUGCCCGACUGGUUUCCAGCUACACUGGGGCUCUUAAUAACGAGUUGCGUGUGCAGGUUUAGUAUGAGUUUGUUAUACGUUGAACGACAAUGAAACGAGAGCGCGUUCGGCGGUGAUUGGCCAGCGUGAAUGAACCAACCAAUCACAGCGCCGAACGCGCUCCCGUUUCGUUAGGUUAUAGGCCUCCGGAUUAAAUUGUAUUAGUGUUUUUUUAAUUAGUAUUUUUUAAAUAUACGUUUAGACCACUCUCGGCUGUCCUAGGACCCCUUUUACUCUUAGAAAUUUGAUAAAUGAUACAACACCAAGCCUUUGCUUACUUUUGGCACAUACAAGAUAUAUUUCUAACUAGCUACUUCCGCGCGGUUUCACCCGCUCUGCUUGGCUCCUAUUGGUCAUAGCGUGAUGUUUUAUAGCCUAUAGCCUUCCUCGAUAAAUGUACUAUUCAACCCAAAAAUAAUUAUUCAAAUCGGACCAGUACUUCUGGAGAUUAGCGCGUUCAAGCAAUCAAACAAACUCUUCAGCUUUAUGAUAUUAGUAUAGAUUUAACUUACCUUAGUAGUAACUUAGUAUUGACUUAGGUUUUGGUCUGCAACAAGCAAUGCCUAAGCAUUUCAGUAGUAGUGUAAAACCUCCUUGCACAUUUCUUCUUUGUUUCUAGAUACCUAUACCUAAAGCAAUAAGUCCUAUAAUUCCAAGAUUUCAUGUAAAUAGAGACUUUAAUGUUUAUGUGGUAAGGUUCAGUUUUGAUUGGUAUCAAAAUGUGCUUACUGCUCUUUUAUUUGAGAUUGAACUAAGUGUUUAAAGUAAUAAAGUCGACUUUUGAGCAAUUUUAAAAUAUUGCUAGAAUUGCACUGCUAAAUCAACUUUAUUAAACAAAAGUGUAUUCUAUUUAUUUGCAGAUAAGGUUAAUUUUAGAGUGACAUUUAUUUAUAACAACUAAAACUGAAAUUUAUUGUAAGCUAUUAAAGUCCAAACUCUAUCAACCUUCUAGCGUAGUGUAGAUGCUAUCACGUGGCACAUUACAAAAUCUGUGCGUAUUUUUAUAUAGGUAAAUAGUAAAAUAAAGUUUAUGGAUAAAUAAAUAAUAGCAGAAUCACAAUUAUCGAUACCGAGACCGCGUGCCUUGUCAGAAAUACCAAUAUUGAUUUGAAUUGACGUUAUAUACAUAGGCAACCAUUUUGUAAUAAUAAUAAUAAAUAUCCCACUUAAUACCGUAUCAUAAUAAAUAUUGCGCUAGUUGUAGUACAAUUUUAAUUAUAGAUACACAUUUUUACAGAGCUGGAAGUCUCGAUAAAAAUGGACCCAAUGUCAAAAAUGUCAUCAUUAGAUUUUCAACUUUAUUAAAUAAAUCAUAAGGUUGAGAAUCUAAUAAACAAAUUAAUGACAGCAAUCCAAUUUUGUCUGUUCUCGAGACUUCCCGACACAGGUAAACAGAUUUGCAAUUUUGCGUUACCUAAAUUCAACUUUAUUACUAUGAAAAUAGGGUUGAUAUUAAACCGUUAUAAAUGUAAGGCGUCGAUUACAUAAAAAAAAGUAAAUAAUAUUCAAGCUGCUUGUAGUUACUGAAACGUGACAUAAUAAAUGCAGUCUCGCUGUAAACACGUCAGUAGGAAAUUCACAAGUUUUCAGUAAUGUAUGAUAUACAGUGAAACUUGGUUAAGUGGGACCUGGAUAAGUGAGAAACCUCCACAACUGGAACUCAUACUGAGGUCCCUACCCAAUGGCACUGAAUUACCUCUAUUAGUGGGAUAAACAACCCUCUUUAUCUGGGAUAUUAGUUACCUCUAUAACUGAGACAGCAAGUGAAUUCUAAUGCAUAAACCUCAGUAACUGAGACAACAUCGUUUUGUUUGUUAAUUCACUCACACCUCUUUAUGUGAAAUAACCCGUAUGUUCACCUCCAUUAAUGGAACCCUCUAUAAAUGAGACAAAUAUUCAUUUAUACCUGGUUAUCUGAGACAUUGUUUAGUGGAAUACCUCUAUAAGUGAUACCAAUUUGAAAGUCCCUUGAUGUCUCACGUAACGAGGUUUCACUGUAUUUUUUUUUUACACAUCUCGGAUUGUCAGCACUUGGAUAUUAAAUAGGUCUUUUUGAAAAAAAAAAAAAACUGCAAUCUAGUAAUUCCAAUGUUGAAUGUCAAUGUCAAGCUGUAGCUUUCAUGAAAUGAUUGCUUCCAUCUCAUGCUUUCCUAUUUAUUUGUAAUCUAGAGUGAAAGAUGUUGAUGCUAAGGUAUUUUAGGACAGUUGAGGUCCUAUACUGUACGUAGUACGAGUUUGAUUUACAUUGAACGAAUACGAAACGAGAGAGGUACUUUCUAAAUGUGUGGUCCAUCUUCGGCCACAUCUUCGUGGCUUCUAGGCGGGUUGGUAGCCAAACGCAGACAAAUUCACGUUAAAAAAAAAGAAAAAUCCGCGUUCGGCGCUCUAAUUGGCCGGUGCGAAAAAACCAACCAAUCAGACCGCCGAACGCGCUCUCGUUUUGUUUUCGGUCAACGUUAAGCAAACUCGUACUAAGAGUUCUGAUUUAAUAACACAAGAGCAUUAUAAUAAAUAUAAAUUUAAACUUUGUAAAAAUAUUUUGCUCACAUUUAGUUUGUUACUGGGAUCUCUGAAUACUACAACAAAAAGGCUUAAUAGUAAAAAAGGUUUUAAUCUAUAAGAUUUUGUAAGCAUUCAAUUUUCUUUUGGACUUAUUGAUAACUAUUGUAGCGUGUCUAUACCACUGUACCAUGCCAUAAGUAUAUUUAUUACUAACAAUAUAGGGGCCCUGAGCCUACCGCAAGAGAGUAGAAAGCUUAAUAUAAUAUGAGGAUGGCUCCCAUAAAUGUCAAAAUUUAUGACAAUCCUAUAAUAUUUUCUACUCUAAAGUCAAAGUCAAAAUUAUUUAUUUCAAAUAGAUCCGGAAGGCACUUUUGAAUGUCAAAGCAAAUAUUACAAUAUUAAGAAAACAAAAUGUCAGUCAGUCCUCUAGUGAAUAUAGCUUAACUAGAGGUUGCUUGCUCGUUCCAAAGUGUUUGAUUGACUUUGUAGACUCUUGUUAAGUGGCUUUUGACUAGACUCUUAAAAGAUUAAAAGAAAGGCCAUAAAUAGACAGUCUAGUUGAAUCGUCACUUUGGUCUGGUGGUUUUCAUUAUAAAUGUAAGACAAACCACUGAACAUCUAUCGAGAUAACACUAACAUUUUGGUUCAAUCAUCUAUUUGUGUAUAAAGUUUUACCCCCCUUGCGACUUCCAGCCUGUCGUAACUAAGGCAUGGGGAAAUGGUAUCAUUAAACCCACGAAAUAGACAGUAGAAACCAUAGCAAUAGGAAUUUUCAAUCUAGUGUCUGUUUCCAAUUCAGAGGCCUUCAAUAAGAGAGAUAUAGGUUUAUUUGCAGCUAUUAUCUUCAUACAGUAAAAUAAAACAAUAGAUUUAUUUGCAGAACCAGAUUCAAGUGUGAUGUUAGCCACAGGAUUAUUCCUGAAUUUUCUUUGCUAUGAACUUCACGGAGCCUGAGACCUUUCCAAUGAAUGCAAAUAUGUGGAAAUUGGUUUGUGCGUUCUGGAGUUAUAGCGUCAGGAAGGAAAACCCAACUUAUUUAAUAGAUAAUGCCUGUAUUUGAAAACAUGCUGUGUAAACCUUGCCGAUUUUGAAAGGGGGCUUGUAGAUUCUAAUUGUUCUACUUUUAGGCUGUUUCAAAUCUUGGCAGGGUUUUUAAAUAUAUUGUAUUAUUUGCACUCUUUUCUAUAUAAUCAUCAAAGCUAUGUAAUUUAAUAAGCCGUCAUUCCAAAAGGAAAUUGACACCAAUUUCAAUUUCUCAAGUCCUUGUUUGAUAUCAAUCUGUAUAAAAAUUUUGUUGUAGUUCUUAUUCAAGCUGUCAUUUGAUAGACAAUGUUGAUCAUUCUCCUUUGAUAUAAUUUUAAUUCUUUUUGUAAUAGCUGACUGUAAAUUAAAUAUGUAUUAUUGUUUCAUGUAAAAUGAUUUGUUAUAGAAAGAAAUAUAAGUAAUUGAUAUUAUUUCAAUAAACAUCCUAAAAAGACA